AUGUCAGUUAAUUCAUUACCAAAUUGUGAAGAAAGUAAUCAUUCGUACAGCAGAAGGGAAAUAAGAGUUAUAUGUAUACUGAUUGCGACUCUAAUACCAUUCUAUACAGCCGUCGAAAUAUCUACAUUUAUAUGUGAUCAGUAUACAUUUUACAGUUUCCUAACUGAACGUGGAUUGCCGUAUGGAUAUGAAUUACCCAUUGAUACAAAUAAGUCGGUUAACGAAGAAAUCAAACUGAAAAGACAAGAAGCUCAAAGUCAAACAUCUAUGGUUCAGUCAUCGAAUAACUUUGCUGCUGUUGCACCUGGUCUAGUAUCCACUUUAUUGGUUGGCUAUUUGUCAGAUCGCUUUGGGCGUAAAGUUGCACUGGGUAUUCUCAUUGCUGGUGAAGCAGCUCAGUUGGUAGCUGUUGCUGUUGUAGUAUUCUACCGUCUUACUCCAUGGGCUUUGGUUAUUUCGAAUGUGAUUGAAGGUUUUAUUGGUGGUGGUCUCUUAUCAGCUAUUGCUCAGUUUUCUGUCUGCAUUGCCGAUUUGACAAAGUGUGACCAAGAUCAAAAUUAUAAUUUUGCAAAGAAAGCCGUUUAUGAUCGUCGAAGAUGGUUAUUCCUUACAAUUGUCGAUGGUUUAGCUUGCUUGAGUUUAGCAGUUGCUAAUAUGAUCGCUGGUCCUCUUAUUUACAAAUAUGGCUUUGACACCACUAUGGCUGUUUGUAUCAUAGUCUACAUCCCAGUUGUUCUGCUGAUAUGUAUUUUGCCUGAAACAAAUAGUAAAAUACAGUCAAAUUACCUUUGUAUUAAUGAUACAAAUAAUACAUCAAUAAAAACAGGAACACGCAACGAAACUGAGAUGUCAAGCUGCUGCGACAAAUUUCAGUGGAAAAUUAAACAAAUAAUGAGGGCUGUAAUGUCGUCGCAUCCUGUUUUAAUUGUAAUCUUGAUGAUUCAGCUACUUGUAUCUAUUUCGGCUAUGGUAGACUCACCAUUUACUACUGUUUAUCUGAUGAGUGAACCUUUCUGGUGGAACUCCAGGAGACUAGGAUUAACCAAUGGUAUAGUAGACACGUGUUCAUCGGUAUUGUCGAUUGCUGCUGUUAAUUUAUUGGUCAGAUAUCAAAAGUCCGCAAUGGCUAAACAAUCAAAACCAAUGAAUACUAAUGAUGAUUCACUCGGUAUUGAUAGGCAAAAUGACCGGAUAAACUUAAGAUUUCGCAGAACACUGUUUGGCUUACUAAUAACUGCCUUGAUUCUGAUGUUGAUCAAUAGGAUUUUAAUGACUGUGGCAUUUUUACCUUCAUCGUCUACGGCUAACAUCAUUGUCUACAUUGCCAUAGUCGCGAAGCUGGCCAAAAACAUUAACUUCCCACUGUUGCGUACACUUGUCACUAACUGGAGUAGUACGCAAAGACAAGGUUUGAUUCUCUCUUUUGCAUCCUUCAUAUCACGUAUCGGUCUUCUAAUCAGCGUCAGUGCUCUACCACUGGUUUAUUCAGCGACACUUUCAUAUUUUCCCGGUGCUGUCUUCCUUAUAUGCGCAUCAUUGUUGCUGGUUGCACUUUGUGCUUCAGUUUCACUGUUUUUUGUGGCUAAACACCAAAGACUCAACUCAAGUGUGUUGAACUAA